UGGAUUCGCAAGUGGUAACACGUCAUUUUCGUUGACUAAAAAGUAUAUUAUAGAAAUUUUAAAAUUAUCAGUUUAUAAAGUUAGCAAUUUUUAAUUGAUUUAUUAGCCAUUACUUACGGUUGCUAUAAACCUGGGUAAAUAAAACUAAUUCCGCACACCACCUGCCAGCACUUCAACAACUUUAUUAAGCACUUUAACAUUUUGUGUACACUUCACAAUGUCGCAAAUUGAUGAGGUCCUCUCGACGCAGAAAUCCUUGGAGAGGAGAUUCUCUCCCUUAGAAGAGAUGUUCGCUGAGGGAAUGGAGGCUGUUCAGGCUCAGAUUGACGCGGCAGGCCCAGGCAAGGAUACUAUUGCCACGGUGGCCGAGGAGUUCCGGACCUUCCGAGUGAUCAUGUACAAGUUGCUGGGGCUCUUGCGUCGUGACAUCACUGAGUGUUCCUGGCAGAUUGAUGAGAUCAGAACAAGGAGCCGCCGAAAGGCUUUGAUUUUCCAAGGCAUUCCGGAAAAGGAGGGUGAGAACUGCAAGUCUAUCGCAAUAGAUGUUACCAAUACGAAGAUGGGCCUUAACCUCACCACCUCGUCUAUAAAGGUCUGCCACAGAUUGGGUCAGAGUAACACUGACCACCACCGGCCUCUUCUUGUACGGUUCGCCAGUGUUAAGUCGUCGGUCUGGCGGGCCAAAACUAGAUUGAGAGGGACGGAAAUUGCUAUUAAGGAGUUCCUGACCAAAGAAAGGCAGGCUGUUUUCGUUAAGGCGCGACAGCAUUUUGGUAUGCGGUCGUGCUGGACGCAGGAUGGUGUAAUUUACAUCAAAGUCUCAGAUGGGAGCAAGUGUAGGGUGACAUCGAUGGGUGAGCUGAAGCCUCUGCUGACCAAAUACCCGAGGUUGCACAGCAAGUCUUCGACCGGUGCCAAACAGGAUGCUGAUGGUGGUGGAAACCUGAAAGGUGCACGCAGAUAAGUACCUUGAACUCGCAGCCUUACUUCAUUUGAUAAACUGUCACCAUGUAGACUCACCUGUU